AGCUGCACAAAAGCAGUCACAGGUUUUGUAACAUCAACAACACUACAUUUCUACUGACUUCACCAAACCCAAAGGCGAAACUUAAAAAUGGCAGAGUCUGUUGCUCACCCAUCGGUUUUGAACGCUACCGAAGAGGACAUCAAGCAGCUUCUUGCUGCUUCCUGCCAUAUCGGCUCUAAGAACUUGGAUGUUCGUAUGGAGAACUACGUCUGGAAGCGUCGUGCUGAUGGUGUUAACAUCAUCAACAUUGGCAAGACCUGGGAGAAAAUUGUCUUGGCUGCACGUGUGAUUGCCACCAUCGAGAACCCCGCUGACGUUUGUGUCAUUUCUGCUCGUCCUUACGGUCACCGUGCUGUGUUGAAGUUUGCCGCCCACACUGGUGCUACUGCUAUUGCUGGCCGUUUCACUCCCGGUAACUUCACCAACUACAUCACUCGUACCUACCGUGAGCCCCGUUUGAUCGUCGUCACUGACCCUCGUGCCGACCACCAGGCCAUCAAGGAAGCUUCCUACGUGAACAUCCCCGUCAUUGCCCUUUGUGACACUGACUCUCCCUUGGCCCACGUUGAUAUUGCCAUUCCCACCAACAACAAGGGUUACAAGUCCAUUGGUCUUGUCUGGUGGCUUUUGGCCCGUGAGGUCUUGCGUCUCCGUGGUGCUCUUUCUCGCACCGCCCCUUGGGACAUCAUGGUCGACAUGUACUUCUACCGUGACCCCGAGGCCGAGCGUGAGGAGGAGGCUAAGGCUGUUGAGGCCGAGGCUGAGGCUCCCGCCGUUGAGGCUGCCGAGUUUGAACCCACUGCCGAGGGCGCUGUUGACCCCAGCAUUCUUGCUGCUGCUACUGCUGGCCAAGUCGGUCAAUCUGCUUGGGAUGAGGAGGGUGACUGGAACACCACCGGUGCUGCUCAAACCUCUGACUGGGCCAACACUGUUGCUUAAAUCGGGCGGGAUUGUCUAGAUGCGGGUGCCGACAGCUUGUUUGCAUCAUCGUCAGUUUUAUAAUGAUCAUGCAGCAAGAUGCAACCAUAGAAACAGUUAGCUCUGUUUUCAAAAAAAACUUUUGGGCUGCAGUGCUAGUGAUAAGUGAUUGGGAUGUAGGAGAGUUGUGUCUUGUAGUUUUUGC